AUGGGGCCGGCCGUGAUAAGCCCUUGCAUGGUCUAUCUGUUACUUGGUUAUGAUAGUAAGCAGCUGGAGAGAAUGGUUCACUCCGGAUUACAGCUGAGAACAUUUUGUCCAUCAGAGAAGGCAUCUUGGCAGCAGCGAGAGGCUGUUUCUCUAGCUGGAGUCUGCAGUCAUGAAACACACAUAGAACAGACAAGAAAUGAGACGGGGUUUUCCAACCUCAGGCCCUACCCUCCACAAAUCACUUCCUUCAACAACUUUUCACCUCCUAAGGGGUCCACAGACUUCCAAACAGAGUCACGUGCUGGGAACCGUGUGUUGAAACAAAUUAGCAUAUCCUGGACGUUUCACAUUUGCGCAACAACAGUACACAUUCAGAAUGCUACGCUAGCAGGAGGUGUGGCUGUGGGCACAUGUGCAGACAUGGAAAUCCCCCUAUAUUUUGCUAUGACCAUUGGAAGCAUUGCAGGGAUCAUCUCAGUGCUUGGAUACAAGUUCCUUAGUCCACUCUUAGCUCAUAAACUGAUGAUACAAGAUACAUGUGAGGUUCAUAACUUGCACGGCUUACCCGGUGUGUUUGGAGGCCUUGCCAGCAUUGUGGCCAUAAGCUGGGGGAAGUCUACAGUGUCCACUAUGGCUAUGCAGGCAGCAGCACUGGGAUCUUCCAUUGGCUCAGCAAUUGUUGGAGGUUUGGUUACAGGUCUCAUUCUAAAGCUACCUGUCUGGAAUCAGCCACCUGACGAGUACUGCUUUGAUGAUUCUGUUUCUUGGAAGGUUCCCAAAUACAGAGAACUGGAUAAUUACUUCUUUCAACACGUGACUCACAACCAUGUGGAACAUGAAGUGUACAUACCAUUCCUAAACUCAGCAUCCUCAGACUUACCAAGAAGAGUCAAGUUUAAAGAAACCAAUGCUUGGUAUACAGAGAGAUAGGCAUGGGAAUAUAAAAUAUAAAUACAAAAAAAAUGCCUUUAGUUUUGGUAGUAUUCCUUGAUGUUCAAAUGAUUUCUCAGUCGACAAAAAAUUGCU